UUUUUCCGAGUGUAUGCUUAAAGCAGACCUGAACCCUGUAUUGGGAACCACACAGCUGACCUUUGAACUUGGUUUGAUUUCAGCAGCGCUUUGCAGAGAGGACUAUGGGAGUAUGCUGCUUGCAGAGGCUCUGCUGGAAGAAUGCUUGAAGGAGAACUUUGCCAAACUGAAGGACUCUGUUCCGCUAGUAGAAAAGAAUGAGCCAAAGCUGAGUGAAGCUAAACAGUAUUUGACCAAUAUCCUAAACAGAGGAAAACUACGACCCAAGUAUAUGACAGAAGCUAUGCUGAUCCUAGGAAAGCUUCAUUAUGUGGAGGGAUCCUACAGAGAUGCCAUCAGCAUGUAUGCAAGAGCAGGAAUUGAUGACCUCUCAAUAGGAAGUGAACCUCUGUACAUGCUGCGUUUGGUGACCGAAGCCUUUGUUAUUAAAGGUCUGUCACUGGAGCGCUCAACCAACUCGGUUGCCUCGCGUGCUCGACUGUGUGAAAGGGAGGAGGAGGUCAUGGCUUGUUUUGAGACAGCAUGUGUCAUUGCCCAAGUGUACUUGCAAGAGCUUGAAAAGACCUUGAACAACACACAUUCAAGGAAUAUAAAGGGCAGCAACGUGACUUACUCUGAGUUUGAACUGUCCUACUUCCUGGAAGCAGCUCUCCAGAGUGCUUAUGUGGCCCGUUUAAAGAAGGGAAAUAUUGUGAAAGGAAUGAGGAGCCUGCGAGAAGUAUUACGGACUGUGGAAACAAAAGCUACUCAGACCUUCAAAAUGACUGCAGCCAAGCAGCUAGCCCAAGUGCUUCUCCAUUCCUUAAGCGAAGACUGUUACUGGAGCCCUUUAUCUGAUCCUCUUCCUGAGUUCAUGAACAAGGAAGAUCAGUCUUAUGUUAGCAAUCUUCUUUGUCGGAGGCCCCAGCUAUACACAGGAGAUAACCUGUACUGCCCUCAAGACAACGUAGAAGAGGCUCUUCUUCUUCUCUUAAUCAGUGAAUCUAUGGCAAACCGGGAUGCAGUAAUCAGCCGUGCCCCUGACCAGCAGGACGACCGAGCUGUCAGCCUCCAGGAUGCUUCUGCAGUCUACGACCUCCUCAGUAUCACGCUGGGCAGAAGAGGGCAGUAUGUCAUGCUUUCUGAGUGCUUGGAGAGAGCCAUGAAGUUUGCAUUUGAUGAAUUUCACCUCUGGUACCAGCUUGCCCUAUCGAUGGUGGCUUGUGGAAAGUCAGCAUACGCUGUGUCAGUGCUCAAAGAGUGUGCUAAGCUGCGACCUGCAGAUCCCACCGUUCCCCUUCUGGCUGCCAAGGUCUGCAUUGGACCACUGCACUGGCUGGAAGAAGGAGAACGCUUUGCUAAAAUGGUGAUAGACCUGGGCGAGGAUGCUGGAGAGUCCCUAGCAAAGGGUUACCUGGCACUGGGUCUGACAUACAGUCUUCAAGCUACUGAUGCUCCUCUGAAAGGCACUCAGGAUGAAUUAAACAAGAAAGCACUUCAGACUUUGGAGAGAGCACAUGACUUGGCCCCGGAAGAUCAUCAGAUCAUUCUCUACGUAUCACUGCAGCUGGCUCUUGUCAGACAGAUUUCUGAUGCUAUAGAACAUCUUCAGGAAGCCUUGAAACUAUGCAAAGAUGACAUGAAUUCACUUCAUUUGUUGGCCCUCCUCUUUUCAGCUCAGAAACACUAUCAGCAUGCACUGGAUGUCAUCAGUAUGGCUGUUGCUGAAUACCCAGAAAGCUUUAGCUUGCUCUUCACCAAAGUAAAACUGGAAUGGGUACAUAAAGGACCUGAAGAGGCUCUGGUGACUUGCAGACAUAUGUUGCAGAUGUGGCAGAUGGUAUAUAAUGUUUCACAGCACAGUGGCUCUGAGAAAGAAAGUAGUGUGACAGAAGUGCCCAUGAUCAAAAAGCAUAAUGGAAUGCAUCUCACACUCCCGGAUGCUCAUGACACUGAUUCUGGAUCACAGCGAGCCUCUUCCGUUGCUGCCUCGAGACUGGAGCAGGCCAUGUCUGAAAUAACCAUGCAGAGCACUGCACUGAAACAAGGACCCAUGCAGCUGUGGACAACUCUUGAACAAAUCUGGCUACAAGCUGCUGAACUCUUCAUGGAACAGCAGCAUCUCAAGGAAGCAGGCUAUUGUAUCCAGGAGGCAGCUAGUCUUUUCCCCACUUCUCAUGCUGUACUGUACAUGCGUGGGAGGCUUGCAGAGAUGAAAGGCAAUUUGGAGGAGGCUAAGCAGUUGUAUGACGAGGCACUCACAGUGAAUCCAGCUGGAGUGGAAAUUAUGCACAGCCUGGGCCCAGUGCUGAGCAGACUUGGGCGGAAGGACCUGGCCCAGAAGGUCCUCCGAGACGCCAUCCGGACGCAGAACACCAGUCACAGAGCCUGGAACAGCCUUGGGGAAGUCCUGCAAGCACAGGGGAAAAACGAAGCAGCUGUUGAAUGCUUCCUGACCGCUCUGGACCUCGAAUCCAGCAGUCCUGUCAUCCCUUUCACUGUCAUACCCCGGGAGCUCUGAAGCUUUGCCCUUCAGCUAAGCACCUGCCUUCAGUGGAGAGGCACAAAAAAAACCCAAUAACCCACAAUGACAGAGAAGAAACUUUGGAUUCAACAGAAAAGUGCCGUUGUAACCUGGAAUUGGGCAAAACAAUUCCAGGAUGAGGCUCAGGUCUACAGGUCUACAUGCCUCACUGAGAAAAGCCUAACUUAGAAGAAUAUGCAACAGGCGGGGUGGGGGGAAGGCCUUUUUUCUUCACAGAUGCCUGGCUAACCUCCUGUUCAAGUUAACAGCAAGACUUAUUUCAAAGUGUUGAUUCAAGGUGACUGACUGUAGAAUAGUUGAUGCUAGAGCAUAGCUGUUCAGAGCACUUGCACCUUUCAGUUUUUAUUAAAAUUGAAAUCCCACAACCCUGAGUUAAAGCUCAGACCUGCUCUAAGCAGGACUAAAUGCACCAACUGACUUGAACCAAGUUGUGCUUAAGUAUAGGACUGUCUCCACAUGGGUCUGAUAGGAUAGGAAUGACAAUUAGACUAUAUAGACAUGUAAUAUAGACAUGUUUACAAAAUUAUUUCAGCUAUUCUGAUAAUCCUUUUUCCUGCUUUGUUCUUAUAUAUUGCAUAUACUUGCUAUAUUUAGUGUGGCGUUUGCCUAAACCAGUUUAAGUUAAAAGUACUUUAAAAAAAAAAAAAAAAAGCUGCGACUGUAGCAUGAUUUGCAGGAACAGAAAGACCAAAGACUGAUCAGUUCACCUUUGGGCUAGUAUUAAAAAACACACACAUGUGUAUAUACAUACAUACAUACAUACAUACAUACAUACAUCACCAAUUAUAUAUUUAUUGCAAGGACUUGCGUGAACUAGGUAGUCACAAACUGUCUGAGCUUUAUUCUUACUAAUUACCUAUUCCAGCACCUUUAAUAAGGAAUAUAGUGACUAUCAGUCACUAUGCUGCAUGAACUCUGUGCUUUACUUCACUGGUGUUCUUGGCACAAAACGUUUUCUUAUCCAUCUUCUCAUAAUAUCAAAGAUGGCAGCAGUCUUCUAAGGCAAAAUAUGCUGAAAGCAGUGCGUGUAUAUAUGAAUGACCUUUAUUUUUACUAUGCCUUUGGAUUGUCUAUAGAAAUUUCACAUUAGCGGUACAGAGCUGGAGCCUUCAGUAGAGCAGGAUCAUUUUGGGUAUCAUAUCAGAUAUAAGAGUGAUCUCCAGAGCCAUCUGAGGAGCUCCUAAUCCACUCACCCUCCCAACUGCUGGCAUUGCAAGGAAAGGGGACACAGCUGGCAUACCCCAUGCGAAGCUGAUCCUUAGCUGUAUUUGACCUCCACGUGGCCUUUGCAGCAACUUGGAGCUGUAACAUGACGCACAAGAACCAGCCCUGUCCAGAGCAGUCCCAACAUGAAGAUGGCGCAAAAAUGAGCUGUGGGCACUUUCUACAGAAAAGGUUUGGGGCUGGGUGCGCAUUUCUGUCCAGAGCAGACUCCUGUCAGUGCACUGUUUGUAACUAGUCCAUAAAUAGAUUUUUGCACUAAAGUACGCUCAGCAGUAUGAUUCUACCCAGGAUUGUGAUCUGCAGCUAGAUCAUUCCAGAAAUAACGUCUUCAGGCAAUAAGCGAAUUAGGGUUGGUUUUUUUUUUUGAAGACCCUCAGGCGAUGACAGCAGACUCACAGUCGCUGUUGUGUACGGUGAUUUGGAUAUCUACAGCCUACGUGAGAUGCGGUUUCCACUGGGUCCCUCUCCCAGCGCUCCCAGACCGCACCCGUGCCAGACCCUGCCCGCUCGCAGCUUUUGCUCCCGCUGCCCAGCUUCCCCACAAGGCGCCCGUGCCAAACAAAGGAGACGGCGGCGAGUUUUCUGUCAGCGUCUUGUUGCGCUCCCAAAGUUUUUUUUUUUUUUUUUCUUUUUUAAUCAGUUAGAUUAGUGCAACAGCCCAGGUUACUCCUCUGUUCACCCAGGCUUUUGGAGUGAAACCGGCACGGUCCGGAAAGGUGUUCAGCCCAUGAGAGCUCUGUCUUUUCAGCACCGUGCAGGCCUCAAACUAGGCUGCUUAGACCUGGUUUCCAAGGGAACAGCGUUAGGCAGCCGCUUUACUCGUUACAGUAGCACCAGCAGCCGAGGAAAGGGUAGGUGUUAAAAGUGCCAGAAUUACAUGAGUUUCAUGGCAAUGAAAAGAUGCAGCAGAGACCGUUUUCCUGUAAAUGAUGCUACGAAGUCGGCCUGCUUUGCAAUGCGGAUGGGAAAAGGAAAAGGGGGAGAAGACAGUAUUUUUGACAUAAGCUGUAAACUGUUAUCCAGAUGUUUUGGACUCAGUUCCAUUGCCAGAUGUAAUCUGGCAAUGGACUUUAUUGGAGCUAUUCUGAUAUUUGUUCCAGUCCACAAGCGCAGUUGCCAGCACGGGAGCAAGCCCUCUCUGUAACACACAUAAAAGAGUCACAGUGCUCCAGCAUCACCAUUUUAUGGUACUACAUGCGUCUAUAAAGCACUGCCAUAGUAACUUCCACGUACAGAACAACUGUUCAAGCUGUGCAUCACUCUGACUGAUUUCACCACUUUCAGAGGUCAGUAACUCAACUGGCCGGUGACGUGGCAGGAAGGUGCCCGUUUCCCAAACAACAAGUGGGAAGGGAACACGCGCGCGCUUGCUGACUUCUACGUGCCACCAGCGCAUCACCAUGUUCAUUGCCAUCACGAGAACUAGAACUUCACCUCAGUAUUGCCAGAACUGGCACAGCAGUCGCCCUUUCCGGGAGAGGGGAAAACGCGCAGGGAUGCCGUGAGUGCAUCAGCCAGCGAGAUGAUCCCAGGGUCAUCCUAGAUGCAUGUUGUAGACGUUAAGGAAUGUUACUGGCAUUGGAAUCACAGUCAUGAGAGUCUCGGCUUCAGUUGUUGCAAUUACACAAGUAAUUCCCAUUAGCAUCAACAGGAGUUACACGUGUAAGGUGCCCUCUGUCAGCACAGCACACCACAGCCCUUACAUUAAUUGCAGGCAAAGUUCUGUUUCUGUGAUAAAUUUGGACUUGAUCCCAAGUGCUUCCCACAGGGCACGAAGCACCAGCGCGCCGGAAUGACGUUCAGGGCACCGAUACAUUUCUGUGUUCGCUUCUUAAUACUGAGGGGCGUAUAGCCUGAGAUUAUACUGUCUUAAAUACUCCGCAGGGGUAGGAAAGAGGGUAGUUGUUACAGAUCUGCAAGUAUUCUUUCAGGAAAUCCUCAGUCUGCAUUUGUUACUAGUAUUUCCCAAAACAGAAAUCUUCCCAAGCUUACCUGCUACCUGUGCUCUUAAGCAUUUACUUUUUUCAUUCUAUCCUUUGCAGAUACAGAAAAACAAAGACGACUACUACAAAUUUGCGAGUCUAAGAAAUACAAGCAUAUGUAUUACGGUGUUUCUUUAGAUACCAAAGCUGAUAAAUCUAAUAGACCCACUUCCAUGAGGUCAUUAAGCAGUACUUUUUUUGUAUAGCAGGAAGCCUGGCAUGCUUAACGCCCAGGGUCUUAGACCAAGAACUUCAGAUUUACAUCCCAUCCCUCUUGUGAUUGUUGCACAUGAUCAUCAGCAGUGAAGGUUCAGGGAACAAUAGUACUAAAACUCCAGAAUACUACUGUUCAGGGAACAAUAGUACUAAAACUCCAGAAUCAGUAUUUCGCCUCACUUGAGUACAACAAGGUAUUCCUCUCUAAUUUUAGAAAGAAGAAGGGAAAAAAAUGUAUCACUGUUUUAAGAGAUCCACGUAAGGCCAAGUUGCCUUCAUUUACCUGCAAGGUUAUUUUCCUUUGAGUUGUCAGGGUGCGUACAAAAGAAGAAGAAUUAGCUCCUAUUUUUCUGAUGCCCAGGAAAGGAGCCGUGUUUGCUACCGCCUUCAAACAACAGCAAGUUUGUACACCGUAACAGAAACAAAUCUGCCUCCGUCUAAGAGCAGCCCAGCAGGCCGGGGACCAUCCCGCUCUCUGCCUUAGCCUGUGUGAAGUGUCAUUAGCUCCACUGAAGGUACUGGUCUUUAUGACAACUUCCUCCAGCUGCGGAUCUGCCCACUGCUGUACUCGCUCCAUGCAGGGAGUGCAGCAGAGCUGCCCUGUUCCUGCAUUGCACAAGUACCCCUGUCCGUUUCUAUUGGUAACACUUCAUGCUACUGAUUAUCACAGCGUUUCAGAAGUGCUAAUUAUCUUUUCUUGGUAAUGACUAAUAAAUCCAAAUGGAGAACA